GAGUCCUGCGACCGCCCUCCUCCUCCUCCUCCCCGGCCCAGGACGGCGGGCCACUCUCCCGCCUCGCAUGGAGCCUGGGAAGGAACCGGGCGCCCCUCGGGACGCCAGCGGAAGUGGCUUCCCCUCGCCCGCUCCUCGGGGCGGCUAGAAGCCCGAAAAAAGAGGCCUGGCCGACCCUCCAGGCUGGGCGGGCUCCGGGCUGAGUCCGACGGGGCGGGCGGCCCUCCUCUCUCCUCUCCGCCUCCCCCGAGUCGCGGCCGCGGGAGCAGCUCAGGGCUCGGCAGGCAUCCGAGGAAUUCGCUCCCGCCGAGCGCGUCGCGGGGUCCGGGCGAGGCGGGGCGACGGGGCCGGAGGAAGAGGAGGAGGACGCCGCCGCCGCCCCGUCGAGUGAUGGCCCAGCCUCUGCUGCGGAAAACUUUCUCCCGCCUGCGGGGCAAGGAGCGCCUGGGGCGCAAAAAGGCGGCGCAGCGCAAAGAGCCAGAUUCUCCUUCCGAGGCUCCAGCUGCUUUGGAGUCCCCCACAGAGUGUGGGCUUCUCCCGCCGGGCGAUGGACGCGCCAAAGGGGCCGCCGUCACCGUGUCGAGGAAGCAAACCUGGGCCAAGUUUGCUUGGAGCAGCCAGGAAGAUCCUCGCGGCAGGAAGCUGAGCCAGAGCUCUCCAAAUGCUGCACGGACACCUGCUGACCUGGGCGAAACGCUGUCCCCGGAGAGCCAUCCCCACAUCGGCUCAGCGGCAACUGGGCCCAAGGAAGCCCCUGAACCAUUGGCCGGCCCGGCAGAGACCCGCACCUCCAGCGUUGGCGCCAAGUGCAGCAGCCAGGGGGCCUACCUGCAGAGCUUGGAGAGAAGCAGCCGCCACUGGGUGCUCUCCUCAGGGAAGACCCAGGGGGCAGAAGAGCCGGCGGCCGGCUCCAGUACGGAGCAGAAGGAGCCCAGCACGCUCUGCAGCAGCGAAGGGGAUAUCUGGUACAAUCCCAUCCCGGAGGAUGAGGACCUGCACCUCCCCAGGUGGGGCAGCGGUGUUGAGAACAGGAGCAGAAAGGGGAAGCCGAGGGAGGCCAAGGCUGCAGGCGAGGGUCUCCACCUGGCUGGCUCGCAGCAGGGAGGUGGCGAUGGUUUGCGGACUUCGCCGAGCCACUCAAGACCAGCGAAGGAAGCGGAGGAGCCGAGCAGCAGCCCCCAGUCCCGGGCCUUUGGGAAAGCGGCAGCCGCUAGUGUGGAGCCUGAGGAGAGGGCCGCGGGUGCCGUGUCAGUGGCCCAGAGCCCCAGUGCCCCCAAGAAGGGCCACUCUCUCUCCAAGACCAAGUCCCCGGGCCCUGUGCGCAGCCUCUCUAUGAAGAUGAAGAAGCUUCCGGAAUUGAGGCGGAAGCUGAGCCUGCGCAGCUCCCGUCCCAGAGAGCCGGAUGGGGGCCCCUCUCCCAAGGAGUCGGGCAACGUCAUCAGCCGCUACCACCUCGACAGCAGUGUGGCUUCCCGGCAGACCCUAGCGCGGGCCAAGGCCGCCAGCAAAGGGGGCUACCUGAGCGACGGUGACUCCCCAGACCUCCUGGCGAAGCCUGAGGCCUGCCUGGGUCUCGAAGGGGGAUCCUUCCGGCCGUACAGCUUCGCCGAGCAGCCCGGCUGCCAGCAGCACCUGUCCGGCCUGGUCAGCAUUCACCUUCUGGGGGUGCAGGACUUCAGGCCCCCCAAGGCUGAAGCGAAGGAGGUCUUCUGCGUCCUACAGGUGGACUCGGUCAACAAGGCCCGCACGGCCCUGCUGCCUUGCCAAGCAGCUUUCCUCAGUCUCAACCAUUCCUUCCAGCUGGAGCUGGAGGACGCCCAGCUCCUCAAAGUCGUGGUCUUCUCGUGUGACCCUGCGGUGGGCAAGAACCGAGUCUGCUGCCAUGGCUCCAUCCUUCUGCCCCAUGUUUUCCAAGGUUGCAGGAGCCAACAGCUUGCCAUGCAGCUGGAGCCACAGGGCCUUCUCUACAUCAAACUCACCCUGGUAGACCAGUGGGAUCCAGCCAGCAAUGAAAGGGAGCCCCAAGUCUUUGGAGUGAAGCUGAGCCAGCUGGUGGAGAGGGAAGGGGCUGCCAUCAAAGUGCCAUUGCUGAUCCAGAAGUGCGUUGCCCAGAUUGAGAAACGAGGGUUAAAGGUUGUGGGCCUGUAUCGCUUGUGCGGCUCGGCGGCGGUGAAAAAGGAGUUGCGGGAUGCUUUUGAGCGGGACAGCACUGCCGUGGUGCUCUCGGAGGACCUCUAUCCCGACAUCAAUGUCAUUACAGGAAUCCUGAAGGACUAUUUGCGUGAGCUCCCCACACCUCUCAUCACUGACCCACUGUACCAAGUGGUCCUGGAAGCCAUGUCCAAUCGGGCGGCUGGGCAGGAGGCGAAAGAGGCGACAACGACAGCACUCCUGGACUGCCUGCCAGAGGCCGAGAAGGCCACCCUGACAAUGCUGUUGGAUCACCUCAGCCAGGUUGCUGCUUUCCAUGCCUUCAACCGCAUGAACGCCCAGAACCUUGCUGUGUGUUUUGGUCCUGUGUUGCUGAGCCAGGGAGCAGCGGGGCCGGGCCCCUGUGGCCCCAGCCACCACUACCGCACCAUUGCCAACACCAUGGACUUCAAGCACCACAUCGAAGUGUUGCAUUACCUGCUGCAGGCCUGGCCAGCCCCACGCAGGGUAACCGAAGAGGAGGACGAGUGCCCCCUGCCCAUCAAGCCACCCCAGCGCCACUGCCGCCCUCCCUUGGACCUGUCGCUGCUGCAGACCACCGUCGUGGCUCGGAGCCGCCCUCGAGGCCUGGAAAGCCCUCCUAGCAAUCGCUACGCUGGGGACUGGAGUGUUUGUGAGCAGCAGUUUUCGGCGGGGCCCAGGCCGGGCGGCGACACCGACUACGACGAGGUGGCCGGCAGCGAGAGCGACAACGAAGAGGAGAACGGAGAGGUGACUCUGCCGCACCACAACCGAGCCGUCUUCGUAGGGGACUUCGCCUUGGUGGAAGACCCUGAGGCUCCCUUCAGCGCGAGGCUCAACCUGAAGGACUUUGAUGCCCUCAUCUUGGACCUCGAGCGGGAGCUUUCCAAGCAAAUCAAUGUCUGCCUGUGAGCCGUUCUCUCGGGGCAGAACAUUGCGAGGCCUAAGGAAGGGCCGAGUGCGCCUCUGCCAGGCCCUUCCGGCAGCCAGGCUAUGACCAAGCCAAGCUCAGGCGGUUGACUCUGCCUCCUUAUCAGUAUUCUUUCGGAUCACAGUACUUCAAACCAAGUGGUCCAUCUUUCGUUUUGUUUUUGUAUGUCUUUUCCCAAAGGGUGAGGAGCUGGGAGGUGCUUUCGCUGGGACUCUGGCUACCAGAGUGCAGUUUGUAGAGCGCUUUCAACCUCCUACAUUUCCACCGUGAACUGGGAUCAGUGCGGGGACAGGAAGGAAGUGUUUCUUGUUCCUGCGUGUCGGCGGUUUCGAGGAAGAGAGGAGCUGGCCAAGAUGUUGUUUUCUUUGCUUGAUAACACUGAGUCGGUAGUAUUUAAGUAGCACAUUUCCCCUCAUCGUCCAGAGCACUUCCAACAAACCCUUGAAGGUAGGUCAGUAUUAUUAUCCUCCCUUUAUUAUAGAUGGGAGCCGAGUUUGUGAAGCUGCCGCUUGCCAAAGGCUGGGCUCCUCGGCGAGUUUGUGCCUGAGCUCAGGUUUGAGGGAUGCCCUUGGCAAAGUGUCCUCCAGGCCCUCUUCUGGGUGGGCUUAUCUGGCAGAGGCAGUGGUCUGGGCGGCCAAGAACUUCCAUUUCAAUUUCCCACAAUGCCCCUGAAGGAGCAUCAAACUGGAGCUUUCUGGGAAAUUAAAACAGGAACUCCAAGCCACCUGGUGCUGAUUGGAGCACUGAAAAUAUGUUUGGGGUGGGGUGGGGGCAAAGGCAGGCA